AUGGGAUUUCAGCUAGAAGCUCCGAAAAUCUCAAAUCUAUCGCGUGAUCUCGCUAAUGGUGUUGUACUCAUUCGGCUUAUUGAGUCACUUCAAGGCAGAAAAUACUAUGGAAAGCACUACUGUAUGCUGAAAGUUUCGGGUGGUGUGCACGGUGCAAUACAUAAAGUUAUGAUUCCUGCACAGGACGGGAUUUAUGAAGAUGACCCGACGGAGAUUCAAAUGUUACUCAAUGUCCAAAUGGCCUUAGACGCCCUUAGAGAGGAUGGUAUCAAGACUGUCAAUAUCGGGCAACACCAAACUCAUACUUGGCCUGAUAUGGUGUCUGAUUCAACGAUAUCAAAUAGCAUCACAUUAGACAAAAUUCACACCCAAAAAAGCCUCAUGAUGCCAUCGGAUCAGUCAGCUCUACCGGAAAUGAAGCUCACAAACUUCCGGACGAACUGGAACGAUGGUCGAGCAUUAAGUGCGUUGUUGGAAUAUUGCCAGUCAGGUUUGUGUCCUGAGUGGAGGGGACUGGAUCCAGAGAAAGGACUGGCAAACUGUGAAAGGGCUCUUAAACUUGCCAAUGAAUAUCUGAACAUACCACCAAUCAUAUCAGCAGCUCACUUGAAUAGCCCACAUUUGGACGAGUUAUCAUGUAUUACUUAUUUAUCAUAUUUAUAUGACGAGGAGCUUGUGCGCUAUCAAGCUACAUUUGCGACAUGUUCCGAAACGGGCCUCAUUCGGUUGUUUUUUUUGACCGUUUCUUUUCUCCUUCCGGACAAUAUAAUUGAUGGUUUUGAAACAUCAUGGAGUGAUGGCUACCUAUUUGCGCUCCUUGUCGAAGCUGUCGGAGGACCGGUUCGUUUCUCAAUUACUGUCUAG